ACGCGGUCAAGAAGGUGGAAGAAAUAAGCCGCAAAAAUAAAAAUUUUCAUCAUAAUUAUAUUUUCUAAUUAAUUCAAAUUAAAAAUUCAAUCAUGGAGACUGAGAAAGCGAUUCCAUCGCUUGGCAAUCGGAUUUUAUCAAAGGAGGAUCUUGCAAAGCUGCCAGACGAUGUACGCUCAAAGUAUGAGCUAUUCUUUUCUGAAUAUCUAGAAAUGAAGGCACUUUAUGAAACGCAAAAAACAAACUUAGAUGGCUUCCGAACAGAUUAUGAGAAGAAAAUAUCAGAAUUAACAGAAAAGUAUCAAGAUGAGUUUGCAAAGGCUCAAUCUGCACAUACAUGCAUUAAAGAACUGCGCGAACAGCUUGAUGAAGCACGUCAGGAAGUAUCAAAAUUGUCUGACAAUUUAAAGCGUAAUGAAGCAGAAUUAGUAGAAUAUCGUAAAGAUCGACAUGGUGUUGUUGAUGAACGAGAUAGUCUUAUGAAAAUGGUUGAACGACGAAACUUUGAAGUCGAACGACUUGAGGAUGAUAUUAAGUCAUUGAAGCAGCAAUUGCAGUCAGCAAUUAAUAAUAAAUGUGAAGCUCUUUCCAAAUAUGAUGAAAUUCAGCAUAAGGAAUCCACAAUUGAAUUUAAGGAAAAAAGACUAGAACAAGAGCGAGUUUUACUUCAAAGUCAAAUCGAUAUGCUCACAGCUGAUCUCAAUCGUAACAUUCAAGAAUUACAAAAAUGCCGCAAAGAUUCCACUUCUCGUUCGAUGACAAUCGAAACGAAACUUCACGAGAAGACCGAAGAGCUCAACAUUGCCAAUUCACAGAUUAAGCAUUUAUCGGAAACAAAUACAUCACUUAAUGCACGAAUUGAUGAAUUGUCUCAGCAAUUGCUUUCACAUAGUGAUGAGUUUGCCAAAAUGAUGGAAAAAUAUCAAAAGGAAUUGCAGGCUAAGACUAGAUUGGCUGAUUUGUAUAAGGAAAAGAGCGAAGAAGUGUUGAAUGAACAACGUGAUAUUACAAAUGUAGUAAGUGACUUGAGAACGACACUAAAAGAAGCCACAGAUGAAUAUGGUAAUUUAGAGACAAAAUAUAGACAGUUGGAAGUUCAGCAACAACAAGAACUUGAUAAGAAGAACGAAAUCAUCAACAAUCUUGAAGAUGAACUGAAAAAUGCCAAUGAAUUACUCAAGGCAGCCCAACAAGAAAAUAUUGAUAUUGCUGUUGAAAAGUUGUGUCCAGCUGCAGCAACAACAAGCAAAUUGAUUAAAUCUGGAAAGUCUCUAACUGAGAUAUAUUCACUGUAUGUCAACACGACUGAAGAACUUACUCGUGUAAAGAAGGAACAUGAACAGAUGAAGCUAAGAUUCUCAGAAGUAUUACAGGAAAUUCAGGAAAAAGCUCCAAUCAUUCAACGCACACAAAUUGACUUAGAAAAGGCAACAGAAGCAAAUGGUGAGCUUAACAACCAACUUGAGACAUUGAUUCGUGAACGUGUCGAUACAAGACAACAAAUCGAUGAGUCAAUGCUGAAAGUAAAGAGUUUGGAGUCACAAACAAAAGAACUUCUCAGAGAUCGUCAAGAUUUAAGUCGUCAAGUUUGUCACUUACUGCAAAUUAUUGAACAAGCUCGUGGUGGUCAAGGACCUCAACAUGAUGAAUCAAUAACGUCAGACAUGAGUGGAAAUGAAGUGAUCACAAAACGACUUGUUACAUUCGCUGACAUCCAGGAACUUCAACAGAAUAAUGUACAACUGCUUGCAAUUGUUCGUGAUUUAACAGCUAAAGUUGAAGAAAUGGAUGAAAUUAAGAACCAUAUGGAUCAAGCAACUUAUGAAGCUAAAAUUGAGAACUAUACUAGACGUUUACAAGAAAUGCAAGAUAAUAUGGAACUUCAAACUCGUAUGAUGGAGAAAUGUAUUACUCAACGUGAACAUUACAAAAAGUUGUAUAAUGACAUUAACAAGAAAGGUCCAAGCAAGAAUACAAGCAUUAAUGAAAGUUUCAUGGACACUAAUGAUGAUGAAAAUACACCAAGUGUAAGCAACACCAGCCUUAACUCAGCUGGUCUCAAUUCAAGUAUUGUUGUUGAAAAAGAAAAGCGAAUUACUGAUUUAGAGAAGAAAGUCAAGCAAAGUGAGGGUGAAUUGAAGGUGUUGAAGGAAGAAUAUGACCGUUAUCGUAAAGAGAAGCACCAGAAUGAUGAAAUGCUAAAUAAACAAUUCGAUGGUUUACGUACAGAACUCCGUGAAAUUUCCACCGUUAAUUGUAAGUUGAAGGCACAAGUCGAACAUCAUGAUGGACAGCUUAAAGUCCAACAAAAGAAUGUUGCAACAUAUAAGAAGCAGAUUCAGGCUCUUGAGGAUCGUAAUAAGAAUUACGAGUCGACAAUCAUCAAACAUGAGACAGCGAUGACAUAUUUGCGUAAUGAAGCAAUGGAUUGUACAACAAAACUCAGUCGUGCUGAGAUGAUGAUUGAAAAAAUGACACAAGAGAAUCGAAUGCUCAAAGACAGUGAGACACAUCUCAAGGCUGAACGUGAAGUUCUCUACCGUGAGCGUCAAAGUAAUAAUUUGGUAUUGAAUAAUUUGGAGAUGAUAAAGACAACAAUGGAACGUUCUGAGAGUGAAGGUAAAAUGCGUUUAGAAUCAAGAUUAGAUGAGCUCACCCGUGAAUGUUCAGCAUUACGUAGAAGAUUACAAGAAGAACAAGACAGAUUCCGUGAGUUAUCAUCUCACCUUGAACGUUCUGCACAGACAGCAAAGGAGAGAAUGGAAGAAGAGAAAUUACUCGCAUCGAAAUUUCGUGAUGAAUUAACACAAGCACGUGAGGAAAUAGAAAGAAAGUCACAGAAAAUCGAUCAACUUUCUAAGAAAUUGGAAGCUUCAUUGACACCAUCGGAACAUGAUAAUCCUGUUGCACAAGCAAAUAAAUUGAGAAAGGAAGCUGAGAUGAAACUAAAUGAAGUUAUUCUUGAAAAGGAAGCACUUGAUAAGGAGUUAUCGUUCUCUAAGCAACACGCAAAACAAUAUUGUGAUAUGGCUGAAUCUUAUGAGAAACAAUUGCUUGAACUUAAUCAAACAUACUCUGAAUACAAGGCACGUGUCGACGUAGACUUGGCUGAAACCAAGAAGAGUGAGGCACAGUUGAAGCAAAAAGUCAAUGAUUUAGAGACUGAAAUUUCAUUAGACAUUAAUAAUCGUCAACUAAUGGCUGGUGAUUCCAACACUCAAUUACAUAAAGCUCAAGUGGACCUUAAAGAGGCGCUUCUUAAGAUAAGCGAAAAUAAUCGCGAAUUACGAGAAUUGCGUGAGAAGUCAUUAGCUUUAUCAACAUCACUUGACUCAGCUGAGCAGAAAUAUGCUAAUGAGAUGAUUUUGCACUCGAAUGACAUCAAGACAAUGUCACGUAUGAAGGAAGAAAUGUCAUCGAUUCGUGUACAAUUUGAUCAACUUAAAGUUGCACGCGAAGCUGCUGAAGAUAAAUUAGAGAGCGGCAGAAGAUUGUGGACAGAACGUGAAGAGAAUUUAACAAAGGAAAAAGCUGAAUUAGAGCAACGUCUUGAAGAUUUAGAUAAACAAAAUGUUGCACUCCACGACCAAAUUCAAGCAUUAUCGACAAAAUUAUUCCUCAAUGUCUCCCAAUCAAUGGAUGACUCAGCAAUGCAUGUCGAUUCAGCAGACACAUCAAUGAAUCGUUCUGUUGUCACAGACGAUGAAAAGUCAAGUGAGCAAUUGUUGCAAGUUAUCAAAUACUUACGUAAAGAAAAGGACAUAGCCAUUGCUAAAUUUGAUAUUCUCAAGUCUGAAAAUGCUCGAUUGAAAUCAGAAUUGCAAAUGAUUCAAAAGAAAUUGGAUGAGACACAAGCAAAUUACAUCAAUCGUCAAGACGAGCCAUCUGCCAUGAAUAAUGAAAGGCAUCAAGAUUUAUUGAGAAAAGUUGAGACACUCAAUGCUAUCACAGACAGCAAUCGAAUAUUGCGUGAAGAGCGAGAUGCUUUGUCUAUUAAAUUCAAUGCCCUUCAAGAGCGUGUCACAAAAGUCGAGGAUGAGUUAGUUCCCCUACAAGAGAAGAAUCGUGAAUUGGAAGCGAAAAAUGACACUCUUGGUACAGAGAACACUUCAUUGAAAACUGAAGCAACUCGUUGGCGUCAACGUGCCAAUGCAUUAAUUGAAAGAUCCAAUAAAAAUUCACCCGACGAUUGGAAACGAUUGCAAACCGAGCGUGAAAAUCUUGCUAAAAUGUUGCAGCAAGAAAAGGACCAACAUAAAAAGACAUCUGAUGAAAUCGUUCAAGUUAAACAAGAGAAAGUUCGCAUUGAGAAUGAAACUUCAAAUUUACAGAAAUCUCUGGCAACAAAUCAGAAUGAAGUUAAGAGAUUAACUGAUGAGCUCACUCAACUUCGUCAAACGAAUGCUAAAAUGAGUCAAGAACUUCUCGAAACAAGAGUACGUGUCGAUGGUAAGGAGGAUGACAUGAAGAAGCUCAAUGAUGAAAUUAACAAUAAAGAGACCCAAUUGAGUGCAUUGAAGGAGAAGGAAAUUCAAAUCAGAAAGAUUGCUAAGAGAUACAAGGAUCAAUAUUUGGAACUUAAAAAUCAAGUUGAUUCAGGAACAGUUCCAGUUAUUAGAGAAAAUGAAGGUGGUGACACAGCUAUGGUCGAACCAAGUACAAGUCAACAAGAUCAAUUAAUUGAAGAUAAUAAACAAUUGGAAACAAAACUUCAACUUUUACAGAAAGAAAUUGAAUCUAUUCGUAACGAUAAUAGUCAGCUACAGCAAGUUAAUACAGAACUAAGAACGGCUAUUACAAAAGAAGAAUCAUGUAAGACCCUCUUGCUUCAGGCGAAGAACAAAAUCGCUCAAUUAAAUGAGAAGAAGGAACAGCUUGCACGAGAAUUGGCUACAAAAACAACACAACAUGAGCAGCGUAAUGAUGAACAUGAGCAAGUUAUACGAAAUUUAAAGGCACAAUACGAGUCACGAAUUCAACGUUUUGAAAAAGAGAUUAGUGACGCAACAAAUGAGAAAAACGAGAUGCUUCAAAGGCUUAAUCAAUAUCGUCAAAUUGGUCCUAAUCAAACAUCCAAGCCUGCAUCAAGCACAAUGGAAAAAAUUACCACUGAUGCUUCUUCAAGAACUGCUAAUGUAAAACCUAUGGCCGGUCCGAGUCAACAAUCAGCCACCGUACAGCCAUGGCGAGGAAAUAACUCAGGAGACACUCCAUUGGCUUCGAUUCGUCCAAUUUCAGUUCAAAACGCACGAACAGCUGCAGUAAUGCCAACGACAAAUACACAAGGAUCUUCACAGAGUACCACUACGUCCUCGUCAAAUGCUGGAACAUCUUCAAGUGUAACAGCUUUAGUUCCACCACAACAAGUUCAUACAACUGGUUCCCAACCAGGUGAGGCUAUGUCAAGCUCACCAACAAGCUCUCAUACUGAUUACAUGCCAGCUACUAGUUCAGCAACAGUAGUUGUAGCUACUAUUCCUCCAAUGGGCUCAAAUGCAGCUGAAAGCUCAUCACAAAGUCAAGAAGUUGAUCAAAAUAUUGGAGGUGAAAGUUCAAUUCAGAUUGUCACUGGUGGUCAGCAAAUAACACAAGCUGUUGCUUUAGUAUCACCACGUGUUGAAAAUCAACAAGCACAAAAUUCACAAAAUUUUGACAAUCAAACACCUAGUACAUCAGGAACAACGUCAUCAUCAACGGCUCCUAUUAUUGCCAUCAGCACGCAUCAGCAAGCAUCAAGCAGUAAUGCAGUAACAACAACUCAAGCAGGCUCUCAUAAACGCCAACGUGAUGAAGAAGGAGAUAGUUCAACAUCACAUGAUGAAAAUCUUAAUAAACCAGUUCCACAGAAACGAACAAGAGUUCAGGAAGGUACUUUCCAAGGUGUUUCGGAAUCAGGUUUAGAAGUUGAAUAUCAAGUACCAACAUCAUCACAGCGUGAUCAAGAAGACGAUCCAUGUAUUGUAUUAUCUUCAGAAGAAGAUGACGACGAUGAAGCAAUGCCUGAUGAAGGAAAUGCUGAAGCCUUUGAGAAUGAUGGAAUUGAGACUGGUUAUAAUUAUGAAAUGGAACCUCAGGAAAUGGAAGAGGGACCCGAUAUUGAUGAUAUUCAAUCUAGCGCUAAUAAUGAAGUUGAAGUUGAAGAUUUAUCAGAAGUUCCAAGCUCAGCUGCACCAGCUCAAAGCUCUCAACCAAUAGAAUCAUCAGCAAGUCGUCAAGGUGAAAAUCAACAACAAAUACAAAGCAUUACUAGUGGAUCGGGAAACGGUAAUGGCAACGAAGCUGGACCAACAACAUCAACAAGUGGAACUAGCUCCUCUUCGUUAAGCCCUGCCGCAAUUUCACAAUGGCGUCAAUCUCCAAAUGCCUCAACAUCGAGACAACAAGCACAGCAUUUAAUGUUAAUGGGUCAAUCUUUCCAAGAUGAUGCCGGUGAUGAUAGAAUUGUUCCAAGUACACCAACUCUAUACUCACGAUCUAGAGGAGAUGGAUUCUCAGAAGUCGUUUCAUCUCCACAUCCCGCUCAAGUUCCUCAUGCUGCUGCACGAUUCACAUUUGGCGAAUCUUCAUCAUCCUCUACUACACAGAGUCGACCAUUAGGUGAGGGUAUGGAUGACACAAGAAUAGAUUUAUCUGAAGAACACAGUCAAGUAGCUGGACGAAGUGUGCCAAACAUUCCUCAGCAACAACAACCUUCGCCUGGUGACAAUUUAAUUAAUGACUCAACAUCGGCCAGUACAAGUUCAACAUCAUCAAGUAUGUCGACUGUGAUUCAACAAGAUAUUCUUGAACAACCGGUUCCAGGAUCUAGUAAUCAAGAAGAAAGUCAAGUUCCUGAAAUUAGCAUAACAACUGAUGAAGAAUAUGAAGGUGCAUCCACAUCAGAAGGUCAAGAUGAACAAGAAAAGGCAGAGCAACAAGACGAAGGAGAUGGAGUGAGUUCAGAAGGUGAAAAGUCAUCAGUAACUGGAGUAGCUGAGGAUGAAACAAGCGAAGCAGAUGUUCUCGAACAGCCACAAAACUUACGAACAACAAGAUCAGCAUUAAAUCGUGGUGCAAAUUCAAGUCCACCGAGGGGAGGCAGAGUAGGACGUGGAUCGCCUCGUGGUAGAGCACCAAUAACAUGGAAUCAAGAUGGAACACAAAUGAUGCCACAACAGCUUGGUGUUUCUCCAAAUCGUACUCAAUCAUUCCCGAACCCACGAGGAGGAGGUCGAGCACGUCGAGGUGGUAGAGGUCGCGCAUCUAGUAGUUCUCCGUAUAAUAAUAUGAGAUAUUAAAAUAAUAUAUGCAGGAAUUUACUGUGUAUUAUGUGAAGCAUAGAGAGGAAGGAAAGGAUAUGAAACGGAUAAAAUUUAUUUCAUUACAUAUAAAAAAUGCUUAUUAAGAACUCCUUUUUAAAAAAUCAUAAAUUCUAACUAUGUAUAUGUAAUGAUAAUUAGUUUUUUAAGAUUUAUGAUGAACAUGCAUUAGACAUCCAUCAUAUAACAUUUAUAUAGUAAUUUAAUAUUUAAGUCGUUAUUUCUUCUUUCUUUUUCUGUUCUUUGUCUUUCUUUUUCUAAGUGAGAAAAAAAAAUAUUUCAAUAUUAUUACAUUUUAACAUUAAUAUUAUUAUUAUUAUUAUUGACUAUUAAUGUCAAAUUUGAAGAAAAAAACAGUAAUUUCCUUUAGAGAAAUUCCAUUAUUAUUAUUUUUCAUUUUUGUGAUUCUCAGAAAUGUCAAAAGCAUUGAAAUAAAAUGAAAAGUUUCUUUCUAAAUGGAUUCUUAAAUAUAAUUCUCGAUAGUUUGUGUUUUUAUUGUUGACUAAUCUUGGGUCUUGCUAUUUUCAAGCUUUAAUCCACAGAAAUUUAGAUCAAAUUUUGAUAUUCUUUGUAUUAACAAGUUCAUUUCUAGAUCUUUGAUGGUUAGGGAGAUUAAUUUCUACAAGGAUCACGAUUGUGCUUUUACGGUUAAAGGAGUAAGUCUACAUGCUUCCACUAAAAGCUCAAUCUUACAAAUUAUCCUUCUAAUUUACAGAACAAAUAGUCAAAAUCAUUAUUCCAAUAGAUUUUUAGAAUCCCAUCUGAACAUUUGUGUUAAUUCUUUAAUAAAUCAUCAGACUUUGUGGAAACCGAGUGCGUACAGUUUAAAACCAAUCCAUCCUAUGCUCCAAAAGCACAUUGACUAACAAUUAAAUUUACACAUAAUGUGAGUUCCUCGUAGACUUUGUUCACAAAAGAAAUCUAAUUACGAAU